AUGAAACAAUAUUCAAAGCAAUUGUCUAUUAAACAAAAACGAUUAUCAGCAAGACAACGACGUCGUAUACGACAACGUCUUCGACGAAAACAACGUCGUAUGAAAGUACCAACUUAUUCGACGAGUAUGACAACUCAAAUGGCUACAGAUGCACUAGAUAUGUUACAUAUAUCAACUGAUAUUCAUGCAGAACCAUUUGAAUUUAUUCAACGAUACGAAUUAACAAGACAACAAGCACUUAAAAUGUCGAUUAGUCAACAGCCGAUUAUCUGUUUUAAUGAACAUAAAAAUAAUCACGUAUUUUCAACUACAACAAAUAAAUUAGAUAACUGUACGAAUGAAGAUUAUGAUUCAACUUAUGCAUAA